GCUUGAAGACGCGUAUAUGAGAUGUACAACAAGAAUUUGAGAGAAUGUCAGAGAAUAUUUGGAGUUGAGAAAUGGAUGAACCCAAAUUGCCCUCUCAUAACGGCUUCUCCGAUGAGUCAAGGUCCUACAAAGAUCUCACACAAACGCCUAACAACGAUGCGCUUGUGCUAUCGGAGCGCGAAAGACAGGCACUCAGCCUAUGGGAUCAAACAGAAGAGUUGCGAAUAGAGUCCGCUCUGCUUGAGAUGCGACUGUCAGGACAGAUACCAGAGCCUUCAAAUGUGUCAGAUGAUGUCUUAGAGCAACGCCUGAUCUCCGUCGAACGCGAGGCUCUCGCGGCGCGCUCAAGAUAUCUACUGCGCAACAAGAUUGUUCAUAGUGUUCUCGUGACAGACCCGGUUAUCAAAGCAGUACAUGGCGGACCCAAUACUUCUACUGUAGAAAGGAGGUUGUUCCCUGUGAUCAAUGAGAGGGAUAUCUUGUCCAUGAUUCACGGUUCGCUCGCUUCACAAACAGUGUUAACGACAUCAUAUGUGGCUUCUGCCGAGCGGGAUUACGCCUUUCUUAUGCAGGAAAACCGAACGAUCGCCCAAGAACUGCUGGGCCUUGCCAAUGAUCUCAAAGCCCAGGUCCCUGACGAGAUUCAAGACGCAGGUCUUCGAAAACAAGCUAUGGAGGCACAAGCAGAAUUACUCUCUGCGCGUAAGCGUUGGCGUGUGAUGAAGAGUGUUGUAGCGGCAAUGAUAGUUGGUAGUGGUAUCAACUGGGCAGAUAGUGAGGCCAUGACAGCUCUUGUACUUGAUGAUGAAGGGGAACUUGGGUGACGGAUAUCAUGCCUCAUUCCGUCAACCAAAAAGUUACGCUCUGUGGCCUCACGGGGAUCGAGCCCAAUCUCAACGAUGAACACAACGUCGCGCCUCGCUACUGUAUCGUGGAUGCAUAUUGUCACUCCGAUUAGAGCCUGGCGUUUUCGAGCAUUCCGAGACUUACGAAAUGAUCUCACAGUCACCUAUUGACGUCUCGUCGGAUAAAGUAUAUUUUGGGCAUUUUGCUGCAACCUGCAAGUCAGCCGAUUGCUUAGAUAAAGGCGGUUGGAUCCAAAGAAUACGCUUGAAAUAAUUUACCAGAAAGCCUAAAAAGAUCGAGU